UCUACAGUCAGCGGCCUCUUCGCGAACAAGACCUGAGCAGCUGUCACUACGAAGUUAAUCCACUGGAAAUUGCAUUCUUCUGUCAGCUUAUUAAAAAUUGACACGUGGCUGAAAACAGGCAGGUUGAAGCAGUGGUGAGAGCAAGGGGCUAACAGAACUGAUCUGGGUUAUGUAUAUUGCUGGUACCUGGUCUUUAUUUUGACUGUGGGAGAGCCUUGACUGGUGGAGCCAAUAGAGACACUGUGUGAGCCUCAAGGCAGGAACUCCCUUCCCAGGCCCCUGCUAUCACAGAUCCAAGAUGUCCAGUGACCCUCCUCCACCCUAUCCCGGAGGCCCUGGAGGCCCCAGUGCUCCUCUUAUUGAGGAGAAGAAUGGACAACCUCCAGUCUCUGUUCCUCCAGUUGGCUCUGCUCCUGUGACCACGGGUCCUCCACAAGGUCAGCCUUUGCCUCCAGACUACGGCCCUCCGCCCUAUGAAGCCACCCUUCAGCCAGGCUUCAUACCACCACACGUUCCAGGGGAGGGGCCAAUGCCCAUGCCACAACCACAUGGUGGAUACUACCCACCUCCACCCGGUCACUUUCCGCACAUGAUGCCGGGGCAGUUCGGUCCUGCUCCCACUCAGUUUGGACCUGCCAUGGGUCACACGGCCACGGUGAUAGCGCCCCCUGGCGCCGCCACCACGGUGACGGUGCUGCAGGGGGAGAUGUUCCAGUCGGCGCCGGUGCAGACGGUGUGUCCGCACUGCCAGCAGGCUAUCGUCACCCGCAUCAGCCACGACGUGGGUCUCAUGAACACGCUCUUCUGUCUCUUCUGUUUCUUCGUGGGGUGUGAUCUAGGCUGCUGCUUGAUUCCUUGUCUCAUUGAUGAUCUCAAGGAUGUGACGCACACCUGCCCGAACUGCAAGGGCUACAUCUACACAUACAAACGCAUAUGCUAACACUAACACACAUUCACCAAGCCCUAAAAUAGCUUAUGUCCUAGGCUGGUUCAGCCUGUUUUCCAUUAUUUUGGCUCUGUCUUGUGCUUCAGUUUAGCCCCAGCUGCUAUAUUUUUUUUUUCUUUUUCUUUUCCUUGACAGUUGUCCAUCACACUGUAUAUACUUACAGACUCAUUCCUACUCCUGUGUAUCUGUACAGACAUCUAGUUUAGCUCUUGGCACCUCACAAAGGAAAUAAAUCAAGAAUUACAAGACUUCAGUAAAAUCAAACUAUGAAAAGGGACAGCGAGUUAGACAUUUUAUAUACAUUUUUAGAUACGACAUUGACUAUCAUCUCAAAUCUUUUGGGGGAUGGAGUGGAACUUUUUUUUAAGUGAGCAAAAUGGUUCAGUGGAAAAAAAAAAACAAAACAAAACAGGGACACUGUAGAUAAGCUGUGAAAAAAGGUCACUUUAUUUAGUUGAAAUCAUUUGUGAACUUUCUACCAGGUAGCAAAACCCAACAGGACUAUUGCAGGGUCAGUAUUUGUUUCUACUGUACUUAUUUAAAAUAUUUUAUGUUUUAUUUUAACAUGUUACUAUAAAAGUUUCUCCACGGUUACAGGUCCAGAUCAACGAUUGAACCUUUUACAUGUGUACCUCACAGUCAUACCUGCUGUGUUUUGGCCUAACCUUUUUCAGAUGUGAUUAGGGUUGUCAGCUUGUGCUUGUCUGUUUGUUCGCUUGUUUGUUGCCCUCAUGCAAUUUGUCAGAGGUUGUUGGAAAAGGUUUUGCAGAAGUCAUUGAUUCUCAUUGAUCGUCGUGGCAUAAACUAGCAUACAGACACGCCCAACCUUAAAAAUGGCCGCCGUGUACAGUUGACAUGAAGUGAUGUUCUAUGUCUUGUCAUCUCCUUGACUUUUACUAAUAAACUAAUCCAUAGAGGGGUGUUCUGUACAGUAUUGUUCCUGUAGUGAUACUGCACCGAACACUUAUUCAAACCAACAAAAUCAAAAUGUGAGCAAGUGUAAUUAGUAGCUUGUGUCUGCUGCACUUUCUAGACGUGAAUUCUUGAGGGUCUAAGUGAUUUUGAGCCGUCAAUGUUAACAGUUGGUAUAUGUUGUCAGUGAGUUGUUUGAAAUGACAAAAAUAUGGAAAUCUAGAUCCAUAAAUAACUUUUACGCUCAUGAAACGGAGGCUUGAGCUUAACAAGAUACAACAAAUAACAAGGAACUAUCAGCUGCACUUUCAGGUUCUUCAUUUGUUUACUUUAUUAUUAUUUUUUUUUAAUGGUUGCUUGAACGACGAGUACAAGGGCAUAUUUAGAGGAGGGACAGUCGACCUGAGCUAAGCUUUUGUUAGAUUUAAUCUCUCAUUUUACCGUUAAAGAAUUUGGUGGGUUGCGGUCACUCGGAGAAGACGGGGGCCACAGCGGCGGUUGUGCAAAGCCGCUUUGCUGGGAGGAAUUCAUCAUCGUGAUGAGACCCUCUGCAUGACGUUGCCCUAAUCUGCCGCAGUGCUUUCACUGGCCAUAUGUCCCGUCUGCGGCUGGGGCUCCUCUUGACUGGCAGUGUGCUGCUCUCUGUACUGAGGCCCCUUGGUACCACAAGCAGAUUAACUGUUCGUUCGUUAAAGCUGUCUGCUGGUGUGUGGUGGGGAUUUAUAGGAUAAGAGUCCUUUUUUUUUUUUUUUUUCCCCCCUCCGUCAUGUUUGUUUUAGUUGUGUUACCUCAAGAAAAAAAAAAAACGCCUCAUCUUAGUUCGUGUCGGAGAACUAUGCUUAAGAAUCGAAUGAAGGAUUUUUAGAAUUUGAAAUCACUGAAGCUGCUUGAAACUACCAGUUUGAAGAUGCCGUUGGCUAUCUGAUUUUUGACUGACUUCGAGAAAACUAACUUUCAUUUGUGGGAUUCACCGAGUUUUCAUGUUGAGACGGUAGUUUUGAAAUGAUAUGGAUUUGCUUAGUUCUCAGGCAGUAAUUGAUUUGCUGUCUUAGCCCUGAGUUAUUUUUCUUUUUUUUCUUUUCUUUCACAUAUGCACUUUCAGAAUCCGUAUCUAAGAGUUAGUGCUUCGUGUUAGCGAACCUAUACCGUCCACUUUGUUCCAGUACUAUUCUUAUGCAUGAUGUCCUAUGCACUACAAAUACAAGAGCUGAAGUAAUUAAAUAAUCUGUCUUGGAUCCAAUAUUCUCUCUUAAGACCAUGGCAUUCGAUACAAAGACAAGUCCAUUUGACUGAAUCAUUAUUAAUUACAUUUUGUAGCUUACAUCCCAAGUUUUACUUUUAUCCUUAUAAAAGACACCUCUCCUUUCAUACAGACACCAGCAUGACCAUAUUUUGAGGGAAAAAAAAUACAAAACCAUUUGGAAUACCGCCAUCUUAACAAUGAAAUAUGACAGCUUGUAUACUGAUCUGCAUGCCCAUGUGGAUUUAAGAGUAAUUGCAAAGUCCAGGCUGGAUCCCUUUAAGCUAAUAUGCUCUUUUGAGUCUUUUACAUGCUUUGUUCAGUGGCUUGAUGCAGUGCUGGGAAAAAUACAAUAGAUGUAAAGCUUGUGUUAAAGGAAUGCAGCAAAUUUAGAACCAUGACGUAUAGGUAAUUAGUGACAUAAUACAUGUUACCCUUUAAAAAAUGACAAUGUGAAAUAUGUAUGUAAAACAAAUCAUUCAAAUUGGACUUGCAUACAAUAUGGUUAUUUUAACUAUUAAAAAGCAAACCUUA